UUGGUAAACAUGCAGGUCUCAAGCUUCUUUAUGCUAUUAACCGGUGUCAUCACUGUAACAGCACAAUCAGAAUGUUUAGACGGACAACUUCGUCUUCCUGAAGUAACAGACCCACUUCUUGAGUACUGUCACCAUGGAGAAUGGAGAUGGGUUUGUCAUGAUGAAAGUCAGUGGAAUAUCGAGAGAUCACAAGCUACUUGUGGACAACUGGGAUAUUCGAAUGAAUUUGGACUAGUGACCAGGGAUUCUCAGAAUGGUUCAAGAAGAGUAGUCACUCUGAGUGACUGCAAUGGACCAAGACUAACAGAGUGUACAGUGACACCUAGUGACAGCUGUAACUCUCUUGUGCAACUAAUAUGUAACACGGUUAACUGUGCUGAUGGAGAGAUAAGACUGGUGGGUGGAUCCACUGACAGAGAGGGACGAGUGGAGGUGUGUGUGGGUGGCACUGUCAGCCGAUGGAGGACAGUUUGCACUGGCAAUCAAGACCUGGCAGUUCUGGCAAGAGCUGUUUGUUUACGAACAGGAAUUGAAAGUUUAGUGUUAGAAGGAAGCACUGUGGCAGUAAAUAACUCAUUUCUUCCUGGAGCAUUUCCAGAGUACAGCCUGGAGUGCAUGCAGGCACCCGAUGGGAAAUUCCGCUGUAGACUAGUUGAAAGAUGUGACAGCUUUGUGGAGCUUGAAGUUUUUUGUAAGAACUAUGAAGAUCUACGCAAUGAAUGUUCUAGGACUAGUACACUGUCUACACUGUCAACUAGCAUACAUGCAACUAUGCCGUUGCCUAGUACAACACACGGCCCUAUCAAGCCAGACUUUACAUGUAAUGACAAUUCCACCACCGUCAUUGCUGGCAUUGGUGUACUGGUGGCUCUGUUACUAGCCGUAUCAGUUGGUUGGAUAGUGUCCUGUGUUAUUCUACUCAGGAGAGGACAGACUGUGCACAAACAACAGGAGACCAUGGCUACACAACAAGCUGACCUAACCUAUGCAGUGGUUGGAGGCACACAAACUGAAAUGAAGAUCGACCCCAACAUAGCUGCUAACCCAGCGUACGAGGCAGUCAAGUGUGACCAGGAGGACCACACCUAUGAUGUCGUCAGUGAGGGAGUGGCUUCAAGACAGAGGAGAGGAAAUUGACAUUUAUUAUUGCAAAGAUACCUUGAAGAAACGAGAUGACUCUUUUAAUGACACGUAGGAAACUGCAAUAUCUCAACGCCGAUCGACUCCUCAAUGCAUCACUAAUCCAUAAUUAGUAAAUUAAAUGUAGUACCGUAUAGCGCG